AUGACUACUGCCGACUUGUACGACAACACCAACAUUGGAGUCCUACAGCCGCUUUCGCCGCAAUCGCUGCCGCCGCCGACAGCAUUUCUGCCACGACCUCUUGUGCAAGGAUUACCAUUACCAGAACCGCCGUGGUGGUGCCGUACUGUUGGUGACGAUGAUGAUGCCGCCGCCGUCGACGUUGGGCUAGUCAUUCCUGACAUGGCGAGCACGGCGGGCGGUGGCGAUGUCGGUGGCAGUGGGAACAACAUCACGGCGCUCGUCGCUGUCGCUGUCGAUGGGGAUGGGGAUGGGGAUGGGGAUGGCAGCCUAAACAGCAAUUGCCACAGCAACAUGGUUGAUAUGGGAAGGGAUACAGAACCCGCACCGCUGCAGUACGGCAGCUACAACCCGAACCAGCAUCACCAAGUCCAACUCCGGGGACAUGUUACAAACCCACCACAUCAUCCCCGGUUGCACGACAUGCUCGUCUUGCAGCAAUACUGCGGCCAUUCCCACGUCAGCAAAAACGACCCACGGGUCAUACCCAUUGCAAGUAUGAUCCACAGGAUGAAUCCCUUCCUGCCGUACACGGAACAAAUGCUGGUCACGUCUGCAAGCACCGCUCCCGCCUUGCAUCAAGGUCAGCCUGAGUGGGUUCGCAGAGGCAGUAGCGACGGCGGCGGUGGUGCUGCCGCUGCCGCUGCCGCCGCCGUCGCUAGUGCUGGGCCACCCACGACUUAUGUUUUGCAGCCGCCUCCGUCAUCACCAUCGCCGCCACUGCCGCCGCCGCCGCCACCACAAGCGCAUCUGGCAAUGAAUUCGUGGCAGCUACAGCCGCAACCGCCGCCGCCGCCGCCGGAGGUGUCCUUCCAGCGAAGUGAGGGGGAAGGCGCGGCGGUAGGUAGCCGAGGAGGAGGAGGAGGUGGCGGAGGACGUAGUCCCACCGCCGCCGCCGCCGCCGCCGCCGCUGCCGCCAUGACCGACGACGACGCCAAUGUUGGCGGCGGCGGCAGCUCCGGGUACGCCUCCGAUAACGGCAUGAAUAGCAGCGGCAGUAGCGGCAGUAGCGCACCUUCCGCCGGGGGCCUAUUCGACCCGCGCGCCGUACGGUCACCGUACACUGACCUAAACCACCAGCAACGGCUAUUCCGCGCCCUGCAGCUACACCACCAACGACGGCUUGAGCUACAGGUGCCGUACGACAUGUUAACCCCGAGGCUGCUUCGACGUCGGAGUCAGCGCUACUGCAUGAGUCACACGACUGCGGGACGGGGGACUCGAACCGGAGUCAGCGGCGGCGCCGCAGCCGGUGCUGGUGGCGAUGGCGGCGGCGGCGGUUUAUUUGAGGUAGGGUACGGCAUACGAGAUAUCUCAUAG